UUUCCACGCAAUUAGAUUUUACUCGUACUUACGAUUCACCAUAUGUAUGCAAAUAGUUUAUACAUGUCACCAAAAGUCGAAUAGGUCUUGCGCAGUUAAAGACAAUUAUCGCUGUCUUCUGAAAUAAUGCACAUUAAACGCAAUACAAAGUACUUUAAGUAUAUAUAUAUUCGUAUACUUAAAGCUACGGUAUUAUGCAACGAACAGUUAUCGAAAGCACGAUAUAACAUCCACGUGUCCUUGAGCUAAGGCUAAGUGUCCACUUAAGAGCUUUAUUAUCACGACUUUGCUUUCGAAGAGCGAAAGUAGUUCUCGAUAUACAUUAUAGGAUAUACGUUAUAGGAUAUUACGGCAUUAUCGCAUUUUCAAAGAGUGAAGUUGUGAAAAGAAGUUGUCAAAUGGAUAAAACAUCGUGUUCGUCGCACGCUGACUCAUUAUUUCCGUAUUUCAGUUUCAGUGCAUAUCUUAUCAACGGGAAGGUCGAGGACGUCGCGUUCCGGUCCGGUUAUCGGAUGUGAUGCACGCAUUUGGCAGCUACGGAAACGACAGCGGUAGCAUUAUCUGUGCUGGAGACAGCGGUUGAGAACUCGAGCGAUCUGGCAGGUGAGAGGGUAUAUUGUAUGAGCAGGGGAGACUGCCGGUGAUGGACAAUGAGCAACCGCACCAGGAACUGGUCAAGUGCGUGGUCGUGGGUGACACGGCAGUCGGAAAGACCAGACUGAUCUGCGCCAGGGCCUGUAAUAAGCACGUGUCACUGUCACAACUCCUGACUACUCACGUGCCCACGGUUUGGGCUAUCGACCAAUAUCGGAUCUACAAGGAUGUAUUGGAGCGAUCUUGGGAGGUAGUAGACAAUGUAAACGUGUCGCUACGUCUCUGGGACACAUUUGGCGAUCACGAGAAGGAUCGACGUUUCGCAUACGGGAGGUCUGAUGUCGUGUUACUAUGUUUCUCCAUAACCAACCCCGUUUCCUUGCGAAACUGCAAGGUGAUGUGGUAUCCAGAGAUAAGGAGGUUCUGCCCGCAGACACCGGUCCUAUUGGUCGGAUGCAAAAAUGAUUUGCGGUACAUGUAUCGGGACGAAACUUAUCUCAGUUACUUCCGUGAUCGGAGUCCCUUCGUAAGGGCUACGAGGAAAAGCGAUCUGGUGAUGCCGGAUCAGGCACGGGCGGUAGCGCGAGAACUUGGCGUGUGCUAUUACGAGACGAGUGUUUUCACUUAUUACGGUGUGAACGAGGUAUUCGAGAAUUCGAUACGCGCCGCCUUGAUCGCGCGUCGUCAGCAACGUUUCUGGAUGACGAACCUGAAGAGGGUGCAAAGACCCUUGUUACAGGCGCCAUUCUGUCCGCCGAAACCAGUGCCGCCGAAAGUAUGCCUGGCUCCGAGUACCUAUGAGGAGAACAUGAAGAGCCUAUGGACGAAGCCGGUUCACACGGAUGUCACUCUGAUAACGAGUAACUGCACGUUUUUGGCUCAUCGGUGUUUGCUCGCCGCCGCCUCACCGGCGUUUCACCGGCUCUUCUCGAUGGAACUCGCCCAGGAACUCACACCGCGCAGCUCCAGCGAGUCCAGCAUGGUGAGCACUUUCGGCGAGGCCACCGUCGGUGACUUCAACGACGAUACCGAGUGCCUAAUUCGUAUCGAUCAAAGCAAACCCGCAAAAGUAUGGGAGCAACUUAAGCGACGAUCGAGUUUUCAAGUACUGCCGACCAUGGAUAAUCAGAGGAAGAGCAAUGGCGCGACGAGAGAUUUGAAUCAUCCUGCCUUCCAAAAUAUUCGUAUAUGUAUGACUGAAAAUGCGAAUGGAGUACAGCAGCCCAUGACCGUGAUCACGCUAUCGAAGCUGAUCACGCCACAGGCGAUGCAGCAGUGCUUGCAAUUCAUUUACACGGGCAGCUUGGACAAACGGUAUCACGAUCUACAAGAGAUCAGACAGGCGGCCGAAUUCCUCGAGCUACCGCAAUUGCUCAUGGUACUCGGUAGCAUACAAACGCGGGAGCAGUUUGUCAAUAGCGAUCUCAAUAACCGGUACAAGCAGGUGGUCAGACAACGUUUGGAAGAUAUCUGUCUGGAGCAAGGUCUUUUCGCUGAUGUCACAUUUGAGUUGGAUGACGGCAGCGUACCGGCUCACAAAGCGAUUCUCACUGCCCGAUGCGACGUGAUGAAAGCCAUGUUCUCUGGUGAUUUUCGCGAAAGCAGCGCAAAAGUCAUAGUCUUUCCUGGGGUUCGGGAGUACACAUUCCAUAAGUUACUCUGCUAUCUUUACACGGACGAGGUACCGGCAAUCUCCUCGGCCAGAUGCCUUAACUUAUUGGAACUAGCCAAUAGACUCUGCCUUCAACGAUUGGUGAACUUAGUUGAGAGCAGAGUGAUUGAGGAUCUUGAGCGGCUUUCGCAAAACGAGGGGAACGACGCCGUGGAAAACUGCCUGAGGCUGUUAGAGCCGUGCAAGCUGCAUAAUGCCGAUCAGCUGGCCGACUGGUGCAUGAAUCAUCUCUGCGUUAACUACAACAAACUGUGCAAAAUGUCGCCCCGCAGCGUGCGGCUGCUUCAUCCGGAGAACCAGGAGUAUUUGAACGAGCACCGGUGGCCGCCAGUCUGGUACUUGAAGGACUACGAUUACUAUCAGAAAUGUUUAGCGGAGCAAAUACGCGAAAACAAGCCGACGUUGAAGCGAAAUCGUAAUCAGUCCGGCUGCUUGUGUUUCUCGAGCUCGAGCAAAACCAGGCGGGAGGGUAAUACCGGGAACGGCACAAAGUCGACGACGUCGAGCGAGACGCCAGCGGAUCGGCCGCUCUUCGACGCCUCGACUGAGUCCGGCGAGCAAGCCGUAUGACAGGAACCAAGCGGCCUCAGCCGCUCCGUCAGAUUUAUCCUGGUACUACCUGUGCUCAUGGUCUUCAUAUGCACUAUUUUUACUAUUUUGAUACUGCUACAGAUUUAUACUUAAGCGGACUGCAAGACACCAAAGAGAUGCACGAAAAACACACACAUAAAAAAA